CCGUCUUUGUCAUUUGCCCAUCCGACUACGCUGCAGAUUUUCCGGUUGUGGCAGGUGUUUUUAAACAAUGUCCACCCUCUAGUCAUGCUUUUCCAUGCACCGUCGGUGCAACAGGUCAUUUUAGACAUCGCCACAGACCCGACUAGUGUCAACAAAGCUACUGAGGCCCUUGGCUUUGCCAUCUACCUAUGCGCCGUAGCAUCCAUGACGGACAGCGAGUGUCUGGAACUGACAGGCGAGUCCAAAGCUGACUCCCUCAAUCGCUUCUCACGACUAUCACAUGAAGCCCUCUUCAAUUCCGACUGCCUGCAGUCGAACAACAUCGUCGUCUUACAGGCGUUGACUUUGUACACCGUUACUUCUCCGUCACAAUCUGAAAAACUGACCUUACUGACCGGCCGGGCCGCCCAACUCGCCGAGGCCCUGGGACUACACCGAGAAGAGCGACAGCAGGAUCUCCCUCCAUUUGUCAAGGAGAUACGCCGCCGGCUGUUUUGGCAGGUAUUGAUCCUGGAUGGACGCGCCGCAGCGGCGCAGCGUCUUGGGGCCGGUGCCACGGCAGCAGACCCUCAUUUCCAGGAUGGCUCAUGGGAUGUCCGGCGUCCAUUGAAUGUAAGCGACAGCCAGCUGGUGCCGUCGAUGAGUAUGCCGCCGUCUGAGAACGACAGCCCGACUGAGAUGCUGCUGUGUUCAAUCCGGAUCGAAAUCGAGCAGGCUAUGAGGCGGCUCGAGCAGCAUCAGCAACACCCUUCUCUCCUAGCCCGCAGAGCGCCGCCCGCCUUCGGCGCUUGGCUAGAGCAGCAACAACAGCUACAGCAGGUCGCCGUAGUCGAACAGACCGAACAGAUGAUCGAACAGCGCCUGCUACGCAGCUGCGAUGCUUGUAUCCCCUUCCACCUGCUGACCGCGUACCAGGCGCGGUCGUGGCUGCGCCAGUUGCGCCUAUCCGUUUACCACCCGCGCCAGCGCGGCCAGAAUCUGGAUGGCGGGCAGCAACAGCCCGACGAGCGUGAGCGCCUGUUCAGCCUUGCCCAACAGGUUCUGUCGUAUGACAACCUAAUACAUUCAAACCCGCGCUUCCGCCGCUACCUGUGGCUAAUUGGCCGCGAUGUGCCCGUGGACGCCGUCAUCGUCGUACUCACCGAGCUACUCUCCCGCAGCGACAACAACAACGACGAUGAUGAUAAUGACGACAAACGAAACGUGAUUGAUCGUGCCUGGAGGCAGGUUAUUCAGAUAUACGAAGACCACCCGGCGCUGAUCAACGUAGCUCGUGACAACCCACUCUUUCUGGCCAUUGGUCUGCUCACCCUUAAGGCUUGGGAUAGCCGCUCCGAUCGCAUGACAUUCAAGGGCCGGCAGACGUCUUCAUCCUCUACUGACUAUGACCAAGAUGAACCGCCGUGUAUUUCUCGUCUGCGUGCUCAGAAAGUAGUCGUGAAUCCUGCUUCAUUCUCAUGA